AUGUCUACCAUGGACUUCCAGAACCAGCAAAUCCCAAAUAGCCAAACUACCCAGAUUUCACCAGAAACUCCGUCAAAUUCUGCAGAAAAAAUCAUACACAAAGUGAACAAAAAUCUGGCCUUUACAUCCAAAUGGGCGGAGGUAAAUGGUGCGAUGGGGGACUUGGGCACGUAUAUUCCUAUAGUUUUGGCCUUGACACUGGCCAAGGAUCUUAACUUGGGCACCACAUUGAUAUUCACUGGUCUCUACAACAUUGUAACUGGUGUCAUUUAUGGUGUCCCAAUGCCCGUUCAGCCCAUGAAAUCAAUUGCGGCUGUUGCUAUAUCAGACGGUUCAGAUUUUAGUAUUCCAGAGAUUAUGGCAGCUGGAAUAUGUACAGGUGGAAUUUUGUUGGUCUUGGGUGUUACAAGGCUGAUGCAAUUGGCUUACAAGGUUAUUCCUUUGCCUGUUGUUAGAGGGAUUCAGCUUUCACAAGGGCUUUCAUUUGCAAUGAGUGCUGUUAAGUAUAUAAGAAAAGUUCAAGAUUUUUCGAAGUCAAAAUCUAAAGGAGAUAGGCCUUGGUUGGGGCUGGAUGGGUUGGUUUUGGCAAUUGUGUGUGCUUGUUUUAUAGUCAUUGUUAAUGGUGCAGGUGAGGAAAGUGAUGGUGAAGGAGAAAGUAGCUGUGUUGCAGAGAGGCCAUGGGCAAGGAGAAGGAGAAGGUUGAGGGAAGUUAUAGCUUCACUUCCUUCAGCUUUUAUUGUAUUUAUAUUGGGUGUGGUUUUGGCUUUUAUAAGAAGGCCUGAGGUGGUGAAAGAUGUUAAAUUUGGACCAUCUUCAAUUGCAGUUGUGAAAAUAACCAAGCAUGCAUGGAAACAAGGGUUUGUUAAAGGGACUAUCCCUCAACUUCCUUUAUCAGUAUUAAACUCGGUGAUUGCUGUGUGCAAAUUGUCAUCUGAUCUUUUUCCAGGGAAGGACUUUUCCGCCACAUCGGUGUCCGUGACAGUAGGGCUGAUGAACUUAGUAGGGUGUUGGUUUGGAGCCAUGCCAUGUUGCCAUGGCGCCGGAGGACUGGCAGGGCAGUACAAAUUUGGAGGGAGGAGCGGCGGGUGUGUGGCCCUUCUCGGCGCAGCCAAAUUGGUGCUGGGUUUGGUUUUGGGAAGUUCAUUGGUGAAGAUUUUGGAUCAAUUCCCAGUUGGGGUAUUGGGAGUUCUGCUGUUGUUUGCAGGGAUCGAACUGGCUAUGGCUUCCAGGGAUAUGCAGUCAAAAGAGGAAGCUUUUGUUAUGCUUAUUUCCACAGCUGUUUCACUGGUGGGCUCGGGUGCAGCUCUUGGCUUUGUGUGUGGGAUCGUGGUGCAUGUGAUUCUUAAGCUCAGAAGUUUCAGUGGAGAUUGGUCUUGUUCUACCAUACGGAUAUGAGGAACUCCAUAGUAGAAUGCUAGAAAUGUUCUGAGUAGUGAAUAAAUGUCUAGGCAUGUUAAACAGACACUCAGAUUCCAGAAAUAUUGAACAUGAUGAUGGAAAUAAAGAACUGCAAGAAUCAACUUUUAUAUGAUCAUGAAUUGUACUAGACACAGUAAUGAAGGAAUACUGAUGACAUAGUUACAUACAUAUACAUGUACCUCCAAGCAAAUCCAGAUACAUGGCUGAUUCAUUAGCUGUUUUGAGAA